AUGGCCAAAAGUAGAGUAGCGCCAAUUAAAAGAUCAAUAACUUUACCUAGAUUGGAGCUAAUGGGAGCGCUUAUUGCAUCGCGGCUUGCAAAUGAGAUAAGUAGAACGUUGUUGACCGACGACACCUGCCCGUUAUAUUGUUGGACAGACUCCGCGGUUGUGUUAGCCUGGAUCCAAAGACAGUGUUCUUGGAAGCAGUUUGUGAGCAAUAGGGUAAGUGAAAUUUGUGCUCACACUAAAAAGGAACAUUGGCGGCACGUACCGGGCCACUGCAAUCCGGCAGACCUACUGUCACGUGGCUGUAAUAUGAAGACAUUAAUGGACAGUCACUGGUGGGAUGGCCCUGCUUGGCUAUUAUCUGACCAAGAACUGUGGCCUCAGUCUAAUCACAUUGCAGUAGAUGAGAACGCUGUUUCCAUAGAAGCAAAGAAGGAGGUACUUGUAAAUACUAAUGUAGAUACUGAACAUUUUAGCGAGAAGCUUUUAUACUUUUCUAAGUAUUCAAGAAUUAUACGUGUAGUAGCUUGGAUAUUCCGAUAG